AUGUAAGUUGCAUUUAGUGCUAUUUGUAUUGGAUUAGAUAAUGCAGGUAAAACUAGUUUAUUGCGUACACUUUCCAAUAGUUAAAGAAUGGAAAUAUUUCCUACUCCAACCAUGGAAAUUCAUUAUGUAAUUUGCCCUAAAAUUGGAAAAUAUUGUCUAAUUUAUGAUAUGUCUGGAAAUGGUCGUCAUAGAUCGAAUUGGAGAAUACUUUAUCAAGAUAUUCAAGCAAUGAUUUAUGUCAUUGAUACUAGUGAUUCUGAAUAUAGGUUUUAUUCACAAACUUUAUUAUUAGGUUUCAUUUAUAAAGACAUCUUAUUGAAGAAGUUUUAAAUGAUGAUUUAAUCAAAAAAAGUGCUAUUCCCAUCCUUUUUCUAUUUAAUAAGAAUGAUAAAAAGAAUAGAUUUAAUAAAGAUGAUCUCAUCAAAGUUUUAGGAUUAGAUUCUAAGAAAUUCAAAAAUAAAUUUAUUUUCAAAGAAACAUCAAGUUUUGAAAUCUCUAAAUUGAAAGAGGCAAUCGAUAAUCUUACUGAUGCUCUCUUUAGUAAAAAAUAAUGA